UUACAGCGCCAAUUGAUGUCUGUCUUGUUUUUAUUUUGUUUACAAUCCUUCCUUUAGAAUUUUCUUGAUUUCCUAGUAAAAUGCAUGAAAUUUCUUUAAAUAUUGACAAUGGGGAUGUUCUGCGAGAGUUUUUGAACCUUGCAAUUGACCAGGAAGUUUCUGUGGACUCUGGAAGAAAUCUUCUGAAAUCCUGGAAAGACUAUGGAUUUACCCAUCAGGAUGAAUUGGAUUUAGCCACGAAGAGUCUCAGUAACAUUUUCGGGCAAUAUGCCCGAGGGCAGAUCGAUCAAAAAUCCCUGAAAUCGUACUUUUCCUACCUCAAUCCGGAGCUUCAGGAGAAGAUUGUGAGAGUGAUUGAGGGCAGAAAAGAUGAGAUUCUCAGGCAUCUUGUAUUCAGGAGUAUUUCUUCUGAACAGAAGGCUCUAGUGUCAUUUGAUUGGGAUGUAAAAUGGAUUCUGGGAAGCAGCAGUUCUUCAACUGUCCAGAAGCUGAUAACUUCAUUGACGCUGAACUGCCGGAAAGGGAAAAAUCCAGGAGAGAGUGUUCAUGUUGAGAUGGAUAGGGAGUAUUUGGAUAAAUUGAUAGGAACCCUUGAGGAUUGUGAGAGGCAUUUGGCAAAUAAAAAUUCUUAAAUUUAGGAAA